AGAUAAACAGUCUAGUUUGGUCCGAAGUCGGGACACGCUAUAUCUGAAUGGCUGUGUCUGCUCUGGCACUGAACCAGCAACUCCUCUGCUUCUCGAAUUCAAGGACAAGAGCAAUAUCAAGGCCAUGGUUUCCCAAAAAAGAAACGCUUGUGAAUUCUCACAAGGCUCAUAUCUUUAUAGUUUCUUGCUCUUCCUCUUCGACUUCCCAGUCCCCAGAGGCCAACACUCAGUCUGCAGAGUCUUGUGUCAAUCUGGGCCUCUCCCUCUUCUCCAAAGGACGCGUUAAAGAUGCUUUAAUCCAGUUUGAAACAGCCCUUACUUUAGAUCCAAACCCUGAGGAAGCUCAAGCUGCUCUCUAUAACAAAGCAUGCUGUCAUGCCUACAGAGGGGAAGGAAAGAAAGCUGCUGAUUGUCUGCGGACAGCUUUGAGAGACUACAACCUCAAAUUUGGUACAAUUUUAAAUGAUCCUGAUUUGGCCUCCUUCAGAGCAUCGCCUGAGUUCAAGGAAUUGCAAGAAGAGGCCAGGCUGGGCGGAGAAGAUAUAGGCUACAGUUUUCGAAGAGAUCUCAAACUUAUCAGUGAAGUCCAGGCCCCAUUUCGUGGGGUUAGGAGAUUUUUUUAUGUGGCAUUCUCUGCAGCUGCUGGAAUUUCACUGUUCUUCACUCUACCUAGGCUAUUUAGUGCUAUUAAAGGUGAUGAUGGUGCUCCUGAUCUAUGGGAAACUGCAGGCAAUGCUGCCAUAAAUAUUGGAGGUAUCAUUGUUCUUGUGGCAUUAUUCUUCUGGGACAACAAGAAGGAGGAAGAGCAACUUGCACAAAUAUCCCGAGAUGAAACUCUCUCUAGGUUGCCUUUGCGCCUUUCCACCAAUCGGGUUGUUGAACUCAUGCAGUUACGAGACACUGUUAGGCCAGUUAUUUUAGCGGGGAAAAAGGAAACAGUUUCGUUGGCCAUACAAAAGGCUGAGAGAUUUCGAACUGAGCUCCUCAGGCGAGGUGUUCUUGUAGUUCCUGUCAUUUGGGGUGAAGGUGGAACACCACAAGUGGAGAAGAAGGGUUUUGGGGCUUCUCCAAAGGCAGCAGUUGCUCUUCCUUCUAUUGGGGAAGACUUUGAGAAACGAGCUCAAUCUAUAACUGCAAAAUCAAAGUUGAAAGCUGAAAUUCGAUUUAGGGCGGAGGUUGUAUCACCUGAAGAAUGGGAAAGGUGGAUCAGGGACCAACAAAAGUCUGAAGGAGUUACUCCUGGUGAGGAUGUGUACAUAAUUUUGCGCCUAGAUGGUCGAGUUCGAAGAUCAGGAAAAGGAAUGCCUGAUUGGCCACAAAUAGUGCAGGAGCUACCACCAAUGGAAGCAUUGCUAAGCAAACUAGAAAGAUAGGAUCUCUGUCAGCAACUCUUACUUGAGUAUGCUUUGAACGAAGACAGAACAGAUUGUGUGGCUGAUGGGGAUCUUUCCUGUUGCUGAUUAGUGACGCAUUAGAAAUACAUGUUUUUCUUCCAUGGUCCUUUUACACAGCAGGAGAUUCUACAUCCAUACUUUAAGCAUUGUGUUAUUGCUUUGUAAAAUUGAACAUGCAAACUUUGGGACAAAAUAAAGAAAUUAAUUCUGGUCAUCUGUUAUUUCACUA